AUUUUGUUUACAAUUAAGUUAAUUAUUAAGUUGAAUCUAGAAGACGAAGGAAUUAGUACAUAUAGAAGAUGAAAUAUCUCAACUAUUUAGCGAUAGUGAAAACAAUAACGAUGAAUGCAAUUUUGAAGGUUUCUAAGUAAAGAAGAGCCAGACGACUACAAUAAUGAACUAAUAGUACAUGCAAAAAAUAUGGCGCCUCUAAUGGUAGGUUUAAUUACGGAUGGCGCUAAUGUUUUAACUGGACAGAGACUUAGUGUUCAGCAACAGCUAAAAAGUAGGUGCAACAAUUUUCUCACUUACACACAUUGUUUGUCGCACCGAUUGCAGCUGGCACUAAAAGAUGCAGCCAGCACUUCUAUGGAACUCCAAAUUCUGCAGCUAUUUAGUGAGCAACUCUUCAUUUUUCAUCGAAAUUCUACUGUUAUAUCAGCGGUUUAUUGUAACGCAUGCAAAGUUUAUGGUGUAAAAGGCCAAAUGCAGUGUCAUACGAGUUAAUGGUACCAGAUAAGUUGCGCAUAUUCAUAGUUAUACCACUAUCCGCUUGGAAAGCGACUACAGCGCAACACAGAAAUCAAAGGCUAAGUUCUUUGCAAAGAAAUUGGUUGAUCAGCACUUAAUGUCGACAGCGAUCUAUAUUCUUGAUGUGCAUAGAGCAAUGACAAUUUUUUCAGAGGCAUUAGUAAGGUUUUUUCAAAGUAUUAAUUCACC